CAGUACAAUGUAUUCAGUAUUUCAGUGUUGUGUGUUUAUGUUUAUUGUUUUAAUAGUUAACAUGAAUAUGGUUCAAGAAGGAAAAUCCGAUUCUGCAACAAUAAGUUAGUUAGAUAUUUUGAAGAAAUAUUACUGGCACCCAUGUUUACUACACCGCCAGGUCACAAUCGUCAGAUAAAUACAAUGAUUAAUGAUCAAAUAUGAUUUUGUGAUAAUAGCAUAUAUACCUAUUAUACUUAUUGAUACAUAACUGUGAUGCAUUUAAAUUUUGAAAACAAUUCAAUGAGUCUGGAGUGACCUUAAAUCGAUUCGGACACACGGAUACCAAACGCACAAUUGGAAGCUCAACUAUACGCUCGGACCAGGUGCCUUGGUUACCUCCAACGUGGAAAAAAAAAAAAAUCUAAUUUGCGUUCAAAUUCGUUUCCUAUUCAAAUAAGGUUAAUUUUUAUACGAAUGUGUAAUGUGAAUUAAACAAGAAGUUACAAAGUGAUACAAUUGAUUUUCCUCGCAUAGAAAAAAUAAAAAAAUAAAAACUUAUCAAUCAGCAAAAUGAGUGGAGCUAUGAAAUUUGAAUAUGCUUUUAAAGUUAUACCUAUCAUUUCAAAAGAAGAAAUGACUGUGAUUGAGUUUUUACUAGAGUACUUUAUGCGAGAUGAACCACUGAAUGCAUCCAUGGAGUUGAUAAAAGAGAAAGACAUCGCUAAGAAUUUUAGAAAUUACAUAAGUGGAUUAUUCAAUAAUGGUUUKGCAUUUAAAGCAGUAUCUCCUAAUGGAGAUUUAAUAGGUGUCGUCCUAAAUAGUCUAACGUGCAGAGAAGACAGCGAAAAAAAUAAUGAAAGCGAAGAAGACGCAAAAGAUAACACCAAGUUUAGUAAUAUUACGAAGCUUUUAGAUAAAGUCGAGCGAGAAGCAGAUGUGUUCAAAAAAUAUCCAAACGUAGAUCGUGUAAUGGAUAUAAAAAUAAUUUCUGUAGAUAAAUCAUUUAGAGGCCAAGGAGUAUGCAAAGCUCUAAUUGAUAAGACAAUAGAGUUAGCAUUGGAAAACGAAUGCCCAAUGGUUUAUGUGGAGUGCAGCAGUUAUUUUUCGGCUAAAGCAGCAGAGAGACUGGGUUUCGAAUGCAUUUAUACUUUGUAUUUUCGAGACUAUUUGGAUGAAAAUGGUGAAGUCGUAUUUAAAACUUCUCCUCCUCACGAUUCUUCAAAGGUAUUUGUAUUAAAUUUAUAAGAAUAAUACCACAGUCCAUCCUAAAUAAGUAGUAUCAAAUACCUAAUUUUAGCUUUUCGUGUAUACUUUCUGUUAUUUAAUAAAAAAAAAAAAUUAUUAUGUACCAUAUGUGGUAUAUUUUUGCUGUACCUAUACUUAA